GCCUUCAGUUAAAAGGGUUCUGUUGUUGUAGCUUAUGCAGUUGCUCUGUUACUAUGGAAACGUGACAUCAAAAUGACGUUUCCCGUUUAAAAGCUUUUAACUAAAUUCCUGCCUGUCAGACGUAGGCCCCAUUUUGAGUGCAGAGCCGCCUUCGAGCCCAGCGCCCACAGCCGCUUGCCGGCUGCCCAUGGUGGGCAGAACCUCGGGCCCGGGGGCCGGGGGCGGGGGCCCGGCCUGAGUCUGUCUUUUAACCCCGCAGGUACCUCCACCAUGGCAGCGGCCGAAAUGCCCGGCUAUCUUGUGUCCCCCCAGACGGAGAAGCACCGGCGGGCUCGCAAUUGGACGGACGCCGAGAUGCGCGGCCUCAUGCUUGUCUGGGAAGAGUUCUUCGACGAGCUCAAGCAGACCAAACGCAAUGCCAAGGUGUACGAGAAGAUGGCCAGCAAGCUCUUCGAGAUGACUGGCGAGCGGCGGCUGGGCGAGGAGAUCAAGAUCAAGAUCACCAACAUGACCUUCCAGUACAGGAAAUUAAAAUGCUUGACAGAUAGCGAGUCCGUCCCGCCCGACUGGCCUUAUUUCCUAACCAUUGAUAGGAUCCUGGCCAAGGCUCCCGAGUCCUGUGACGGGAAACUGCCCGACAGCCAGCAGCCGGGGCCCUCCACAUCCCAGACUGAGGUGUCCCUGUCGCCGUCCGCUAAGUCCACCCCCCUGUACAUACCGUACAGCCAGUUUUCCUACGAAGGCCGCUGCGAGGACCACAGCUCCGACACCUCUUCCAGCUUACUAUCCCUUAAGCUCAGGUCGGAGGAGCGGCCGGCGGCCAAGAAGCGCAAGGUGCGGGGCUGCCCAUUGCAGAAGAAGAAGCUGAGGCUGCUGGAGGCCAUGCUGGAGGAACAGCGCAAGCUGAGCCGCGCCGUGGAGCAGACGUGCCAGGAGGUGCGCCGCGUGCUCGACCAGCACAACCUGCUGCAGGUUCAGAGCCUGCAGCUGCAGGAGCGCAUGAUGAGCCUGCUAGAGAAGAUCAUCGCCAAGUCCACCGGCUAG